AUGGCCUCGGUCUCGACCAGUCUCGUCAUGCCUACUUGGAUUGGCCCAUGUUCCUCUUUUCUCUCUCUCUUGUGUGUGUGUGUGUGUCCCUGUUUUACUCCUUGCGUGCCAUCCCGUUUGGGCAGUCCGCACCGCAGUAGGGAGGGAGCUACGCAAGCUGCUCGUAUGGCUGUAGAGAGCGAGUCAAAUGCGAUAUCUGAGGCAAUUAAAGGGCUGUUCGGGUUAGUGAGUGGGGAGAUGGCAACUGUGAAAGGGGAGCUGACAGCAGCAAAGGGGGAGAUGACAACAUUGAAGGGAGAGCUGGCCAUGGUUAGGGAGGAGGUGGGCCGACAGAAUGAGCGUGUGCUGAUGCUGGAGGAGAGGAAUGAGGUUCUGGAGAGUGAGGUGAAUGAGUUGAUGCGUGCACUGGGGGAGAAGAGUGCGGCGGCUGCUGCUGUGGUGGAGAUGAGGGGGGAAGAGGUGGCACUAGUGAAAGGGGAGUUGACUGCAGUGAAGGAGGAGAUGGCUGAGCAGAAGGCUACACACAUGGUGAAAGAGGCGAUGGAGAUGAGGAUGAGGGCGCUUGGCGUGCAGCUGGAAGAGACAAGGAGGGCGUUGGCAGCAACCAAGGGGGAAUUGGAGGAGGCUGAGAGUAGACGAGUGGCGGAGAUGAGGGGGCAGGUGGAGGAGAGGGAGAGGGAACUGGCAGCAGAGUUGGCUGCAGUGAAGGCAGAGCUGAUUGGAGUGAAGGGGGAGCUGGUUGACCACAAGGAUGAUAUGAGAGAGCAAUUUGAUGUGGCUGAGAGAAGAAGGGAAAUGGGAUUGAGGGAGUUGAGGGAGGAGGCUAGGAAGGCAGAGGAUGAAAUGAGAGCGGAGUUGGCAAGGGAGAGGGAGGAGAGGAGGAGGGAGGUGCAGGAAGUAGAGAGGAAAAGUGCAGCAGACUUGACGGAGAUGAGAGGGCAGGUGGAGGCAACUGCUGCUGCAAUGGAGGAGAGGGAGAGAGAGCUGGCUACACUGCAAAAGGAAGCUCUUGAGAUGGAUGUUGACCUGCAAAUCAGCCAGUGUGUCGGCCAUCAAAGGGCCGCGUGGGAGGUGAGUGCUGAGUGA